AGAGACGCUACAUCCUUGAAUCCAGUUCGUAUUUGCAACUACCACCGGCAACUUGUAGACUCGGGAUCGAUAAUUCUUCCAGAUUCAGCAAAUAAAUAAUUGAAAUUCAAUAUGGGCAAGCCACAAUUCGGGUAUUGGAAUCUCAGGGGGCUGGGACAGUCCAUCAAAUUUGCGUUGGCUUAUAUGGGCGUCGAUUAUGAGGAUGUGGUCUACCAGGACAAGGAAGGGGAUGACACUUGGACUAAACAAAAGCCCAACUUGGGACUCCUCUGCCCUAAUCUCCCUUAUUGGAUCGACGACAAGGAGAAAUUAUCCGAGUCCAGAGCCAUUUUGAAGUAUGUCAUCCGAAAAUACAAGCCUGCACUUAUUUCCUCUGACAUCUCCAAGCUCGUCGUUGUUGAAGAAGUUGAGGGAAUUAUCGACGACAUUGGUCGAUUCUUUGCCAUGUCUGUGUAUAGCGACACGGAAGCUGCAAACACAUUGUUUGAUUCGAUGGUUCCCCCAAAAUUGGAAGCCAUUUCUAAGGUUUUGGGAGAUAAGAAGUUCUUUUUGGGAGACGAGCUCUCCUACCUGGACUUUGUGGUGUAUGAGAUUUUUUACCGACUGAAGACUUAUCGAACCAAGUUCAUCGAAGGGCACAAGAACCUGCUCUCGUACGUUGAUAACUUUGAGGCAAUCCCUGCAAUCGACGCCUACAUAAAGUCGCCUGCCUACAUUAAGACCCCGUGUUACGGCCGCACCGCCGCAAAACCCAUCUAACUCCCAGUCCCAACAGAAGGGGAGAGGUCAAAUAUAUUCCAUUGAAUACAAAUUUGUCUCUGAGAAAUCCCAAUACCUAAAUUAAACACUAAAUUUCAUAAUAUUUUGCUAUAUUUUCACCGAAUUGGCUUAUAUAAACAUGAAGCAAUAAAAUGUUGCGAAAUAUUCAACAA